ACCCACCUCCCAACCCAAACAAACAAAACAAUAAUAAUCUCCCCUCCAUCACUCUUGUUUCCAUCUCCCUCGCCACAUGGCCCUAACCUCUUUCUUCACCAUCAAAUGUCAACCACCUUCUUUCCUCCUCCACCUCCACCUCCAGUCCCUAUCCCUACUUACAUAACCAGCCUCGGCCUUGGCUACUCCAUAGCCAUAGCUCUUGGUUUCCUCGUCCUUAUCUCCACAAUCAUCCUCUCUUCCUACAUAUGUUGCCGCGCCUCCCGCCUCCGCUUCUCUACCUCCGCCGCAAACCUAGACUCUUCUUUCGGUAACCGUACCAUAAUCCUCCCAAGAAUCAUAUUCGUAGCGGAAGGAGACGAUCUUGAGUCAGCUCCUUCUGGUAACGUCGUCGUAGGUGGACUUGAUCAACCGAUCAUCAACUCUUACCCUAAGUUCCGCUACAUUAAGGGAAUCACCGUCGCCGAUUCAGGUGAUGAUGAAGGCGGUGACGGAGAGACGGCGUGUUCCAUAUGUUUAUGUGAGUAUAUGGAAGAAGAUAUGGUAAGGAUGAUGCCCGAGUGUAAACACUACUUCCAUGUUUCUUGUCUUGACGCUUGGCUUAAGCUCAAUGGUUCUUGUCCCGUUUGUCGAAACUCUCCACUUCCAACGCCGCAGUCAACGCCUCAGUCAACACCACAGUCUACUCCAUUGUCGGAAGUUGUCCCGUUGUCUCAAUACGCCGCUGAUCGGAGAAGAACUAGAAGUUAAUACAAAUGUUUUAAUUUGUUUUUGUUGGGAUCAGUUGCAAUGUAUUUAAGAUUAUAUAUUGUUCUUGGGAAUGAAAUCAUUCAAAGUA